CAAUAACAUGCUUUUGCUUGAUAUUCACUAGAAAUAGAACAAGAGGAUGGAUGAAGAUGAACACGAACUACAGGAGGACAUCAAGAUGUCUACUACCGAGAAAACGAAAUGUGGUAAAGCACAAGCGCCGCUACUUGCUGGGGAACUACAACAAGACGACGUUGAUCUUCCUGGAAACGUAGUUGUAGAAGCCGCUGGGGCUGGAGUUAGUCGAAGCGUAGAACAAGACGCAGUAGACGAAGAUGCCGACCACGACCAAGAGGAUGUGGAAGAGGAGGAACUCCCAGAAUCCGUAUUUGCAUGUCUCGAGGCUGCUUUGUCAGGAGACUUUGACUUUUCGCUCGUCGAUGAUCUUGGCGAAGUAGAAGACGGAGAGGGGCGCCACGUCGGAGGAGGUCCUCUAGGAGCACCAGAUCUAGGUCGUGGUUACGAAGAUCUUCUUCAAGACGCUGACUCAUCUAGUUGUAAUGAGGAAAGUAUUUUUAAGGAAGAUGUCGGGCAGGAGUUGACGAGCACAGGUCCUCAAGUAGGGCAACUACAAGGUGCUUCUUCCUCCUCUGAGGGCGAGGGCAAAGAAAAGAAGGAAGACAAGGAUCCGAGCAAGAUGUUGACGAGUAAUCGAGUAGAACAAACCAACAGCACGACAGUUGUAUCUACGAGCAAAGAGGACCACAGGGUGAAAAAAAGCGGAGUGCUACCUGCUCCACCUCUGUCUUCCGCAACAGAGAACAAAAAGAUUGCGCAGAGUGAAGAAAUCAAAGACGAAGCACAGCGCAAAAUCGCAGAGAGGCGCAGACUCCUGCAGCAGAAACAGGCGACUGAAAAACUCUUAAAGAGUCUUCAGGUGGACGAUUCUCUUCGCACUGGCGUAUUGCGGGACCUCUUUUCGACGAAUGGUGCCAUCAAGAGCAGUGCUGCCGUUCGAUCGUCAUCGUCUUCAGCUACAGCUGGAGCUGGAAAAGGCCCCUUAAAAAGUUCAGCGUCACCUCCAGAUGAUAUUCUUGUUGGAACAAUCGCAGCAAAUAACAAGAACGAUCAAACAGGAACGAAAGGAGGAGCGCAAGCGAAAAAUGGAAAGGUAAAUUUGAUCGGAGAUGUCGUGCUACUCUAUUCAGUUUGAUCCACCUUAAUCUGUGUAAGUAACUGAUACGAACUACAAGAACUCCACAGGCAGAUCGCUGUGUGAUGAUCAAUAGGGACGAAUUUUUAUUAUUCGAACAUCCUUCAUCUCCAUCAUGGUCGUUUCGGUAGAUUUUUAUUUUCAACAUCAGAUUUUCAUCUUUAUUUGCAUUUGAUUUUGUCUUCUUAGGUUCGCGCUUUGAUUGAGAAAGGAGCCACCUUGGUGCGUGUUGGCAAGGCGAAAGGAAAAGGCGACCUCUGUCGUAAAGGCGUCACCCUGAUCAAGGGCGCGGCCAGGAUUAAGGGUAAACCAGUACCUGAGAAUAUCUGGAAACGUCUGCUAACCACGUCUGACCAGACUGCGAAUGGUCGUGUGCAGCAAGAGAUUGGUAUACAGCUACAGCAGGUGACUGGGAGGACAAUAUUAAAUAAUAAAGGGAGCCGCGCCGGAGCAGGUUCGAUGGUACUACCAGCGCCUUUCUCUACCAACCAUGUUGAGGCACUAAAGCGGAUCCGAAGCUUUGCUGCGGCGCUUAUCGGGAAAAGCAAAGAAUUCCCGAAUCCGGCACCACCCCCUCAACAUACUACUACCAGCGCCACACUGAUGCCCCCUAUGAUUAAGGCUUCCCGUAAUUCAUCUGGAGAAGCAUCUUUGACGCGUUUUCAACGGGAAGGAACGUCAAAGAUGCUGUCAAAGAUGAAUUAAAGCAAGCUCUAAUAUAAGUUCGAAUUCCAUCAAUGCUGUAGCCGGUCGAGGUCUGCCUCCUUCUUCAGGAGCAUUGUUACCAGGGAAAGGCCUGGAUCCCGGAAGGCGGAGUGUACUUCACUCAUUGAUUUCUUCGACUUUGUCUGGCGGCGGUGGGAGCUCAUCUAGCACAGCACGUCCUCCUCCCCAGAUGUUCCCUUCGUCUUCUCAGAGACAGCAAAACCAAACUCAGAUAUUACAGCAAAACCAAAAUACUACAACUUCUAGCUCCUCCUCGUGGUCAUUUCCGCAGCCCCUAGCGGCUGGACGAGUUUUUACCACUUCGUCGUCUCUGAUAGCGCCGCCACCUGGCGUUUCACCGACAAGCAAGAACAAUAGCGUCAAUCUGCAAACGCCGGAACGAGCUGAAGCAGAUGACGAAGAUGCUGAUUACGACUUCACAAAAAUGCCGCAAGAUGAACAAAACGACAACAAAAGAAGCAGUCCUGAUAGCGCGAAAAGAAGGCGCAGAUCAAGCGGCAGUUUCUUACCAGGACCUUUCGAUGUUCAGGUCCUGCUCGUACAACAGCGACCACCUCGUCCACAAGUAAAUCCUAUUCCUACUCCUACACCUUCUCUCGUCAACAUUGAUCGCUGCAGAAAUGAUAAUUCUCAUUUAUUUGGGAACGACGGGCAUCUUCAAGUAGACCGCGCAGCCGAAUCUACGUCAUCAUCAUCCGACGAUGAGGAGGACAGUUCAUCUACUCCUGUUGAAUCUUCUUCUAACAAUCUAGUGGGAGGUCGUGAUGGAGGAACAAAAGGUAAAAAGAAGCGACGGAAAUGGUGGAAGCAACAAGAGGCCGCUGCUCAAGAAAACUUCGCGAUGACUCGUGCAGUCGGAGAACUCAGUGCGAAAGCUGCUGGUGGUCCCCCGAAGAAAGCACCCUUGCCGCAAAAACCUGAGGCUCCCACAAGAACUACACCAACUACAGCGACAAACGGUAAUUUUAGAGGUGCAAGUACUACAAGUACUAGUACAACUACAUCCAAGAUGAAAAUGUUCCUUAAUCAGCAAGGAGGCAGGAAUGGGCCUCCGCCGUCAUCUUUCGCAGCACCAGGACAAGUCCGAAAAUUUCCUCCACCACCACAGAUUACAAACUCAUCGACGACAUCACCUGGCCCAACAACAGUAGAUCCAAGAUCUUCAGCAGCAGAUCCAAGGUCAGCAACGUCUCCUUCAGCGAACACUAGUAAAGGGAAGGGGAACAAAACCUCUAAGCAACCAGGAGUAGCAUCAUCUAAUUGCACUUUAAAAGCUGCAGAAGCAGCAGAGGGAGACGACGAUGAUGAAGAUGACGGACCACCCGAACCCGUUGUGUCGUUCCAGGAUCUUCUAAAAGUGAGAAACGCGCAUCUGCACUCAGAGCAGCGAGAAAAAGAACGCUUAGCCCGUAACUUUAGACAGUUCCAUAAUUUCGGGGAUCCCCCACCUGGAGGCACCUCAUGAUCCAUGUUUCUUCCUCAACAUUGUCAGUUUCAGUGCAUGGUGAUGUACUAAGAACGUUUGAUCAAGAACAUCUUCAAUUGUCGAUGAGAU